CUUUUAUCUAGCAAAGGCGACUCUUUUCUUGGCUGGGCUUCACCUCAGGCAACCGAGCUGUCUCUUGUUGCUGCAUCCGGAGUCGCUGGCUCGCCUUGUUGGGAGCACUGAAGCACGCCCCCACAAAGAACCCAUCUCUCUCUCUCUCUCUCUCUCUCCCUGCUUUCUCUCUCUACUUUCUCUCUGUAUGCUGUGGCCAUUGGAGAUGAUGCUCGAGCCCCAGCUCCGGCCGCGAUGAGGAAAAGCUGCUGCUGGCUUUUGUCUUCUUUGCCCUCCUACCGCCUCUUCCGCCCACCACCAGAUUCAGAGCCCCAUCUGCGCGUACUCACAUAUCCCCACGCCGAAGCUGGCUGACUCCCUCCCUUCCGUUAUCAGCGAGUUCUGUACUUUGUUGUGCUGAAUUCUUGCUCAGCGAGACACGGCCUACUUAGCUUGACCACCCCUCUCUCUCUCUCUCUCUCUCUCUCUCUCUCUGAGAGGGGGAGCUGGAAAUCGAGGAAAGAAAAAAGGGUUUUGUUUUGGGAAGAUUUUGUGAAAACAAGGAGCAAGUUUCGUGGGAUCGAAGACCAAGGAAGAGAGAGAGAGAGAGAGAGAGAGAGAGGGGUGCAGUUUUCCAUGAAAAGAGAGCAAUGGAGCUCAAACCCCAAGAAGAUGACGUCACGGCCCCGGUCUCCUCUCUGGGCUUCGCUCACUUCGCCCGCGACUCCAGAAGGAUCGACAACGGUGCACCCGUUCUCGGCGCUGCUCCUCAAACCCUAGAUGAUCACCCCCCGCAGCAGCGCCCCAUCUUGCACCCCCACCAACCCCACCCGGACGAUGACGUCAAACCCGAGCGCGAGGACUCGAAUCCGGAUCCGGUCUCCUUCGCCUUCUCCCGGUCCUCCGCCCUCCCGGCCCCCGCCGGAUCGAAGCCGAAACCCUCGCCGUCGCCCUCCGUCCGGUACCGGGAGUGCCUCCGGAACCACGCCGCCAGCGUCGGCGGGAGCGUCUACGACGGGUGCGGCGAGUUCAUGCCGGCGGGCGAGGACGGGACCGCCGGGGCCCUCAGGUGCGCCGCGUGCGAGUGCCACCGGAAUUUCCACAGGAAGGAGGUCGACGGCGAGACGCUGCAUCUCUCCACGAGCUUCCGGCGGGGCCUGGUCCCCCCGCUCCAGCUGCCGCCUCCGCCGCUGGCGUCCCCGUAUCAGAGGUACUCGGUGGGCGUCGUCCACAGCCCCAUGGUGACGCCGAUGAGCGUGGCCUUCGGCGGCGGCGGCGGGGGGAACGAGUCCUCCAGCGAGGAUCUGAACCUGUUCGGCUCCGAUCACCUGCACCGCCACGCGGCGACGGCGCCCCCGUUCUCGAAGAAGAGGUUCCGGACGAAGUUCACGCAGGAGCAGAAGGACAGGAUGAUGGAGUUCGCGGAGAGGGUGGGGUGGAGGAUCCAGAAGCAGAACGAGGAGGAGGUGGAGAGGUUCUGCGGGGAGAUCGGGGUGAGGAGGCAAGUGCUCAAGGUGUGGAUGCACAACAACAAGAACAACGUCAAGAACAAGCAGCCGUCCGAGGAACCGGCGUGACCCAUCUGCUGCAAAACCGGGGGUUGAAGACGAAGGUGCAAACUUUCUUUUUUUUGAGGUGAGAGGCUCCAAACCGAUCGCUCCGCGCGCGUGCGUCUUGCGUAGAGUUAGUAAAAGAUUUGUCGAUCUGAUGGGUCGUCCAUGUUUUUAGUCAGCAAUCUGAUGAUGAACCAGUGUAAUCUGUAGUAGAACCCUGCAAAAUUCUUUGCUUGUUGAUGGGUUUUAGUGCUUUAGUUAAUAUUUCGGGCCUGGCAGAUGUGCUUGACGAGCUUGA